UAUAAUAUGAAUUGGAUUCAACUAUUUUCAAAAUGUUAUCUGCGUAUUUCAUCCAUUUACAUUAUGUGUUAUAUUAGAAAAUCUCAGUUAUUGAAGAUUCACAAAUUGUAUUAUCUCCUCAUCCAAUCCCCAGUUCCAGUGAAGCGCUUACUUUGCAUGAUGAGAAAAUCUCAGUUAUUGAAGAUUCACAAAUUGUAUUAUCUCCUCAUCCAAUCCCCAGUUCCAGUGAAGCGUUUACUUUGCAUGAUGAGAAAAUUUCAGUUAUUGAAGAUUCACAAAUUGUAUUAUCUCCUCAUCCAAUCCCCAGUUCCAGUGAGGCGCUUACUUUGCAUGAUGAGAAAAUCUCAGUUAUUGAAGAGUCACAAAUUGUAUUAUCUCCUCAUCCAAUCCCCAGUUCUAGUGAUGCGCUUACUUUGCAUGAGGGAAUAAAAUGAGGAUAUUCAAAGUCCAAGUCUUAUUCAGCUAUACAAAAAGAAGGAACCAAAUGACCCAUUUCACUUCAAAUUAUUUAGGAUGACAAAUAUUUUGAUUAAUUUCAUAAUUUCUGUAGGCCCUUGUCAGCCAUGUACAAAUAAAUUUCAAUAUCCUGUUACUCUCAAGAGGAGCAUGAAUAUAACCUAUUAUAGAAAGGUUAAUAUAGAUGGUUCCCUCAACCCCAGAAAUUGGCUAUCUUAUAGCACUAUUUUAGACAAAGUCUUUUCUCUAUAUUGUAUUAUGUUUGUGGCCCUAAGUCCAAUACUUUUUGGACUCAAUUUAGGGUAAAUAAUUGGAAAAACAUAAAGCGUGACUUAGAGAGACACGAAGCAUAUUCUCUUCAUAAAGAUUGUGAAUAUGCAAACAUGACUUGGCUUGCAAAUAAACGCAUUCAAGAUCAUUUGCUAUCAAAUAAGCUUGAUAUAAUCAUGGAAAAUCGCAAUAUAGUUCAUAAUAUUAUCGAUGCCAUUAUGUACCUUAUAAAAUGUAAUAUAGCCUUUUGGGGUUCUAAUUCGAAUGAAGGUAAUUUUAUGUGUCUCAUAAAAUUAAUGGCAAAAACGGUUCCAACUUUACGUGCAUACAUGGAUAACAACGAAAAAUUGCGGAGAAAAAAAUCAGAUAAAAUUUCGAGACCUUAUAUAAAUUUAUUGUCAUAUGGCCACGUGAAAAAAAUAACUGAAAUUAUUAAGAUAAAAAUAACAAAAAGCAUUAUUCAAAAAAUUAAAGAGAAUCGUGCUUAUAGCAUCAUAUUAGAUGGAACAUAUGAUGUGUCUAAAAAAGAAUGCAUAGCUUUGCUUGUACGGUAUAUAGAAGAUGAUCUGCAUCCACAUCCUGUAGAAAGGAUCAUACAUGUUUUACAACAUCAGAAACCACUGGGGAAAAUAUAAAGAAACAUGUUUUUUCUAAGUUUAAUGAUCUUGGUCUUCCUCUUGAUUAUUUGGUUGGACAAAGUAUGGAUGGUGCAGGGAAUAUGAGAGGAGUAUACAAAGGAAUGCAGGCUUUAAUAUUGAAAGAGGCUCCAAAAGCCAUCUAUAUUUGGUGCCAUGCACAUCGGCUAAAUUUAGUAGUUGCUCAUGUUUGUGGAUGCAAAAUUGAAAUGAAAAAGGCAAUGGGAAUAUUAGAUGAGUUAUAUAAUUUUAUGAAUGGAGUUAGACGUCAAGGUGUGUUUGUUAAAUAUCAAAUGAGAAAGUCCAAGAAAUCUCUUAAAAGAAUUAAAAACACAACAAGAAAUUGGUCAUCAUCCUACAAAUCUGUAGAAAUCUUUUUAGAUGUUUAUGAACAUAUUUUAGCAUCAUUAGUUGAAUUAAAAGAUUCUAAUGACCCAAGCACCUCUUCCAUUGCCGAUGGAUUAUUAUCAAGAAUUAAAGAUGAAAAUUUUAUAUUAAGUCUAUUUAUUUUGAAAGAAAUAUUGAAAUGUACACAUGAGGCUUGUAUUGAAAUGCAGGCAGUUGGUAAUGAUUUGGCUUUGGUAACCAAAUUAAUACAACAUACAAAAAAUAAAUUACAAAAACUAAAAGCUAACGGAGACAAUAUAUUUUUAAAAUUACAUUCCUUAUCUAAUAGUUUUUUGAAAAAGAAUAAUGUAAUAACGAUUUGUAUAAUAUGAAAUCAAUAUUCAAAUUGGAUCAAUCAGAAUUCAAUAAUUACGUUGAACAAAAAAAAACAAAUAUAGAACGGAAAUAUUUUUCCCUGUGCUAAAUGCAAUAAUUAAUCACCUAAAUGAUCGAUUUAAUUAUGAUUGUUUUAAUUUUUUAUCACAGAUAUCUUUUACUCCCGCUGGAAUUAUGGAUAAUGAAAAAAUAGAAGGAUGGCAAAUAUCCGAAAUUUGUAAUAAUUAUCAAUUGGAUGUCCAAAACAUUGUUGAUGAAUAUAAUGAUUUUCGCUCUUUAUAUUUGGAGUCUCAAUCAAUCAUUUUUUGCGAAGAUCUUUUAAAAGUUAAAAACAAUGACGCUUUAUAUAUUGAUGAAAGUAAUUUAUUGAUGUAAUUGUAUAUAAUUAAAGGUAUUGCAAACGAUCAAAUUACCAAAGAAAAUAUCAACAGCGAAAUCAUGACCAAAAUAAAAAAAUGGAUAAAAUUUUCUUUUAUAUUACCAUACCGACUUUUAAAUCAAUUAAAUUCUUAUUCUAAUUUAAAUUUAUUAUAUAAAUAUUUAUUAACCCUUCCUACAACUUCCUGUUCAGCCGAAAGAGCCAUGAGUAAAGUAAAAAUUAACAAAACUCGAAUGCGGAAUAAAAUUUCGGACCCAUUUUUGGAAAAUUUACUGUUAAUAUCCAGCGAUAUUGAUGUUUUUGAAAAAUUUACAAUUGAUGAUAUUAUAACACAAUUUGCAUUAACAUCUAUAAGGUUAUCCAAAUUAUUAAUAAAAUAAUUAAUGUAUCUUUUUCACAGCGAAUA